AUGGAUUUUUCAGAAAAUCACAAUCUUCUAAUUCAACACCAGGUGAUGCAAGCUCAUUGGACAGCUGCUCAGGCUGCAAUAUUUACAGCUGACGUCACGGUCAGCAAAGAUAAACAUCAUAGUAUAGCUAUUAUAAGUGACUAUCUCUCGCAUGAUGUACAAUUCGUCCAUGCUGCUCAAGGUGUUAUUGUUGAUUAUUUACGAGGUCUUCAUCCGUCUGUGAAGCAUUUCAAUUACGUAUCCGACGGUGCAGGUCAACAUUUUAAAAACAAUAAAAGUCUAUUAAAUCUUACUUAUCAUCAAAGUGAUUUUGGUAGCCCUGCCUCCUGGACAUUUAGUUCUACCGCUCAUGGAAAAGGUCCAAUGGAUGGUAUUGGGGCCACUAUCAAGUAUCAAGCAACGAGAAAAGUUCUCAGUGGCAAAGAUGAAGACGCAAUAUUGACACCUGAACAACUUUACAAGUUCGCACAACAAGAUUUGAAAAUAAAGGUAUUUUACAUGGAUAAAACAACAAUCCAACAGAACACAGAUUGUUACAAGUUGUUGAAUCGAUGA